CUCUACAAUCAUCAUCGUUACUCAAGUAUAGUCAAUUGGGAAUGGAAAAAUCUGGGUAUGGAAGGGAUGGAAUCUACAGAUCCCUCCGUCCUCUCGUCAUCUUCCCCAAAGACCCAAACCUUUCUAUGCUUCCUUUCCUUUUCAGAAACUCAUCUGCAUACUCCGACAAGCUUGCACUCGCCGACGCAGAUUCCGGCGAAACACUAACAUUCGCCCAGUUCAAGUCCAUGGUAGCUAAGGUUGCCCAUGGUCUGCUCCGUUUGGGUAUCAAGAAAGGCGAUGUCGUCCUUAUUUUCUCCCCUAAUUCCAUCCAAUUCCCUCUCUGUUUCCUGGGCAUCGUCGCUCUCGGGGCCAUUGCCACCACUGCUAAUCCUCUCUACACCACGGCUGAGCUUUCCAAGCAGUUAAAGGACUCUCGUCCCAAGCUUGUCAUCACCGUUCCUUCCCUGUGGGACAAGGUCAAGGAUUUCGGUCUGCCGGCCGUGAUGUUGGGACCUCUCAAUGUUUCGCCCCCGGUGGUCUCCGGAGUCGGAAUCACGUCUUUUUCCGACCUGAUUAAUUUGGCCAGAGGACCCGUCUCCGAUUUUCCCCGGGCUUCGGUCAAACAAUCCGAUACGGCCGCGCUCUUGUACUCCUCUGGCACCACGGGGACAAGCAAGGGCGUCAUUCUGACACACCGCAAUUUCAUCUCUGCCGCUCUCAUGGUGACCAAUGAUCAGGACUUUGCCGGCGAGAUGCACAAUAUCUUCCUCUGCUUCCUUCCCAUGUUCCAUAUAUUCGGACUCUCUGUCAUUACCUAUGCCCAGUUGCAGAGGGGCAACUUGGUUAUCACACUCGGGAAGUUCGAUAUCGAUAUGGUUCUAAGAGCAGUGGAGAAGUAUAAGGUGACCCAUAUGUUUGUAGUUCCACCGGUGAUGAUUGCUCUGGCAAAGCAGAAUGUGCUCAAGAAGUACGAUCUCUCGUCUCUCAAGAACCUUGGUUCUGGCGCGGCUCCCCUCAGUAAGGAAAUAAUGGAGAAAUGUGCCAAGAACUUGCCUCACGCCGAUAUUCUUCAGGGCUAUGGGUUGACUGAAAGUUGUGGAAUUGUUACACUUGAGAAUCCGAGACAAGGAGCUCGUCAUUCUGGUUCAACUGGACCCCUUGUUCCAGGAAUUGAAUCCCAAAUAGUUAGUGUGGAGACACUUAAGCCUCUUCCUCCCAAUCAAUUAGGGGAAAUAUGGAUCCGAGGAUUAAAUAUUAUGCAAGGUUAUUACAACAAUCCUGAGGCCACAAAGUUGACCUUAGAUAAUCGAGGCUGGUUACAUACCGGGGAUCUAGGAUAUUUUGAUGAUGAAGGACAGUUAUUUGUUAUCGACCGAAUAAAAGAGCUCAUAAAGUAUAAAGGAUUCCAGGUGGCACCAGCCGAGCUUGAAGGAGUUCUUCUCACUCAUCCAGACAUAUUAGAUUCUGUUGUCAUCCCAUUUCCUGAUGAUGAAGCUGGUGAGGUCCCAAUUGCAUAUGUUGUCCGUUCACCUAACAGCUCACUAAGUGAAGAAGAAGUUCAGAAAUUUGUUGCAAAGCAGGUAGAGGAAAAUGUUGGUUUACUUCUUUUUUGUUCUAUGUGUAUGCAUCCUUGACUUGUGAGAUUAGCUUGAGUGUCCAGUACUGAAUUUGUUGAAUCAGGUUACCCAUUCACUACAUGACCUCAUUGCCAACCUGUCUUUGUCCCUCCCGCUCCUCUUUGCUUAGUGACAUUUAACUGCCCACUCCCAUUCACUUCUCACUGUUGUGUAACUAACUUAAAUCUUACUAAGAAUGGUAAUUAAACUUUCCUAUUAU